AGAUUCUAGUACAUUCUGUUUGCAUGAUGAUAACGCUAGUCAUCCGCUAGGAAUACCUAAAAGGACAGCCUUAAAAAUCCAGGUCGCUUGCCUUUUAAGGAUAAGCCCGUGUCCACAAGUCAUGAGCACCCGUCGUCCGAACGGUUUCCGAGAAUAA